UGGUUAAUAGCAAAGUUACUGUCAAUUGGUCAAAGGAUUAAUCAUUAACAAACACUCCAAAGGUUGUGGAUGUUUUUCUUUUUCUAUUUACGUGUUAUCUUGGCAUACUACUGAAAGUUGCUGCAUAUUUUAUUAUAGAAAUAUCCUGCCCCCAUGUGGCAACUUGCCUUAUUUGCUUGAACUGUUGUUGUCCAUUUACAGUCAGCAUUGACCAAUCCGACGCGUCAUUGGUGUUUCAGCUCUGACCGUCCUGUCCAAUCAGCACAGCCCAAAAGCGCCUAACAACCGUUCAUCCAAUAGCGAUUCUCGAAAAGAAUGACGGAGAAAGUUAAAGAAAAGCGCUCGAGCCCAGCGCGCGAAGGGUGACGUUCUAUUCGUUUACCACUAUCGGGCGGGAGAAGGAUGUAUACAUUUUGGCAUUGUAAAAAUAACGUUUGCAUUUAGAUUUUAUGACAUUUUGGAUAAAAAGACUGCGUAUUUUACGUUUAUACGGCUUUGGAGUGUCUGCAUCGUGCGAUUGAUGUAGUUUUGUACCGAAUAAAACUCAAGACACGACCUAAAGAUGAGCUCUCUUCUGUCUGAGCGGCCUGUAGAUCUGGCUGAGGCAAGAACAGCUGCAAGUGAUUCAGAUAGUGGAAUGGGCUCACCAUUGGAGGAGCCUGUGAUUGACACCAACAUGGUAACUGUAGACCAACAAGAUUCAGAUGAAGAUAUCACAGUUAGUCGGAAGGGCCGCUCUCGGAAGGCACUGCAGGACAGUGACAGCGAUGGGGAGCAGGAAGAGGCUGGAAUGGCAAAUGCUCUGGUCCUGUCAGAGUCCAGUGAUGAGGAGACAAAGACUAAUGAGACUGAAAGCAUCAAAAAGAAGCGAGGAAAACGAGUAUACCGUAUCUCAAUGGACAGUGAUGAGAGUGAGCCAGAGAAAGUGGAAGUCCAAGUCAAACCAAAAGAAGCAAAGAAGAGGGAGAAGUCACAGAGACGCAAAGAAAAAGAGAAACGCAACGUUGCCCUUGUAAAACGACUGAAAGAAAAAACAGAGGAGGCCCUUCCAAUCAAAGCACUUAAUGACAGCGGUUGUUUGCUCGGAGACUCUGAUCUAUUUGACGCCCAGUUAGAAGAAGACUCUGAACCGCAAUUGGAAGGUGAAGAGGAAGAGUCUCUAGAUGCUAUCCGAUCAGCUGUGAAAAAGAAGGCCAAACACAAACCUCAUCUGUCUGAGUUCAGUGGAGAUGAGGAACAAGAGAACAGGUCACCACGCAAGGAGAGGAAAGCAGCAAAAGCCAGCAAGGAGGCAAUCAAGGAGCUUCACAGUGAGAGUCAGAGACUUGUGCGAGAGUCUAUGCUCAAUCUGCCAUAUUAUAUGCCAGAGCCCAAAAGUAUCGACCAGUUCUUCAAGAGAAGACCUCGUCCUGAGGGUUGUGCAAUGGCUUUGCUCAAGUCUGCCAAGUACCAGGCUUGUAUUUUAGAGACCACUACUCAACCACCUUCAGCUCAAACCACAAGAUCUCAGCACAUGCCUGAGCAGGACUCAAGCCCUCCAACAGAAUCUUCUCUGGAUAACCAGUCCUCCUCGACAUCCCUACCUCUAGCAGACACAGCCACCAGCACUCAUCAGGACAAUCCUACAAAUGAUAGCAACCCACAGACCUCAAACGAAGCAGAAGUAGAACAUGACAUGAGCACUGAUGAACCCAAAACUGUGGGUCAAGAGAAAGAAACUCCCAUUGAGCAAGAAACUGAUGGAGAUAAACACUCAGACAAGGACCAAGAAAAGCAACAGGUCUCAGUUGAUCAGGCCCAGACUGCUGCUCAGAUGCUCAAACCUCGCAAGGAUAAACUAGCCAGACUAAGAGAACUUGGUCUAGAUCCUCCUCCUGUGGUGAAGUUGUGUGCAGAUGAUGGGGCUUUUGUCCAGUUGGAGCCACCUCAGGAAAACCCAGCUCUGAAAGCACUACAGGAACGCUUCAUGAAGCACAUCCAACCUGCUCCUCGCCCUAAAAGGGAGCGCACAUUGCAGCUUAAUGUGGUGAGUAAAGACAGCGCCCCCUCAGGACAGGAAGAACUACGCUCUGAAACAAUCACAAUAACUGUCAAUGAGGGAGAGGAUGAGCCUGCAAAUGUCAAACCAGGUGAGAAACUGGUACUGUUGAAGUCUCGCUUGCAACAAGCUAUGGCCAUCCGCAGGAAGGAGGAGAGGGAGCGCAGAGCUGCUCUACAUCGCCUUGACAAUGAGGAUUGUGAGGAAGAAGAGGAAGCAGAGAUGACUGAGUCAGAGGAUGAAGAGGGUGUUGAUGAAUUGUUGGGUGAUGGUGGUGAUGAAGUGGAGGAGGGAGAAGAGGCAGUGGACAAAGAGGAAGGUGAAGAUGAAGUUUCAGUAAAAACAUGCCCUUCCCCAGGCUUCAAAAGUCCUUCUCCAACUCCAGCAGACACUGAUGGAACAUUGAUGCUGUUUGCUGGCAAUUCUUGUUCCCGCACAGGGGAUGGUGUAAGAAGAUUAGGCGCAGCUGGCCAUGAAGCUGACAAUAAAAUGGAGGAGGAUGACACCCUUUCAUUGGCCAAAGACAGCAGUCAUAACAGUAGCUUUGAGCUGAUGGGCUCAAUGAUCCCGUCAUACCAGCCAGUCAAUAGAGCUGCAGGCAGAGGCCUGUCCAACCGUGCGUUCCGCUCUCCAUCUCCCUGCCUCUUCAGAUCCAGCUUCCUCGGCUCUGCUUCAAAGAGCUCAGGUAAGAUGUCUGAACCCUCCCUCUCCCUCCCUGUGGAGGAUUCUCAAGACCUUUAUGCUCCCUCUUCCCCGAGUGAGUCUGCCCUCCCUCCAGCUGGGGACUCCCAGGGUCGCUUCUCACUGGAGGAGGACACCCACUCCCAGCUACUAGAUGCCGAUGGCUUCUUAAAUGUUGGUCCCCGCGGUGUGCCUAGCCGUUCCCACAAACGGCAGCUUAUACUAGACAGUCUGGAUGAAAACGCCAUGGAUGCUAACAUGGGUGAGCUCCUAGGGCUCUGCUCAGGGGGCUUCGGUGCAGGGCAGACCCAGCCAGGGGCUUCUCAGCCUGCAGCAGAGGAUGAGCUGCUGGGGUUGUGCUCUGGAGCUUUUUCUACACAGCCUGAAGAGCCAGUCGUCAAGCCCAAGGAGAAGAACAAGACCUUGGAGCCAGAAGUGCAACGAGGGGAGAGUCAAGGCAGCUCAGAGGCAGACAUGGACCAGCUCCUGGCUCUCUGCUCUGGCAAGUUCACAGGAAGCCCGUCUGCUUUGUCACUGCGAUCAGUCUCAAGUCCUGCCUUUGAAAAGCCAUCUGAAACGAACAGGAACAAGAACAUAAUUGAGGAAGAGGAGGAAGGUGACUGUGAGUUCAGGCUCCUGUCAGAUGACAGCCUCAGUGAAAAGGAUGAAAAUGAGGAUAAAUCGGAUGCUGAAGAAGAGGAAACUGAGAAUGAGGAGGAGGAGGAGCAGGAAGAGGAAAGGGAAGCGGUCUUUGGACGACGCACUGGCAAAAAGAAAAUCCGUUUAGCAGAGUUUGUGGAAUCCGAGGCAGAGUUGUCUGGCAGUGAUGUGGGCAGUGAGGAUGAGGAUGAUGAUGGUGGUGAUGAAUACGAGGAGGAGGAGAUACAGGAAGAUUUGCCAUCAGAUGAGGAACUGAUGGACCAAGUUAACAAGAUUCACAUGAAGCAGGUCUUGGAUGAUGAUAAGCGAAGACUGCGGCUGUAUCAGGAGCGUUACCUCGCUGAUGGAGAUCUGCAUUCUGAUGGACCUGGACGAGCUCGGCGUUUCCGCUGGAAAAACAUUGAUGAUAACUUUGAGUUUGGUGGAAUGGGUCCUGAUGGAAAUGAGGAAGAGGAAGAUGAAGAAAUCGAUCAACUAGAGUUGCAAAGACGUAAAGAACGGCUAGAGAGGGAACAGUGGUUGAGAGAACAGACUGAAGCUCAGGCCAAAAAGGGAGAGGAUGCAGAUGAUGAGGAAAAGAUUGAAGAAGAGGACAGUCAAUUUAUGAAGCUAGCUAAGAAGCUAACUGCUAAGGCCCUUCAAAAGAAAGACCCUUCAGCUGCUCCUUUGCAAGAGAAGGUGGCUCCCAAUUCCAACCAGUUCCUAAAGCCAUUUCAGCCCACUGUGGUCAAGAGAGGCUCAUUACUCAGUCAGCCUCGAGCAAUGUUGCAAAAGUUAGCCAGCAUCUCUGACAGCAACCCCUUGGCCCCUCGUAACUCACGAGGUUUCCUCUUCCAAACCCUGUCACCGGAAAAAGAGCCACGUGCAUCAGAGGGACCCAGAAAACAGAUUAAGAAAAGAGGACAGAUGGACUCUUUUAGCCCUGCUGCCAAGCGGCCAUGUCUUGGGAACUCCCUCAAACCUACAGGACCACCACGAAGUAUUUUCAGCUAUCUGGAAAACUAAAAUUGCUUCCAGACUUCCCAGUGUUACUAACAAUUAAUACAUAAUUAUAUUUGUCCCAUUGUCCAUACUAAAUGCUAUGAUGUUGAGAGUUUGGCUUGUUUUAGAUUAUUUCAAUCAUGUAAAUAUUGUGUUUUCCUUUUAAGUGAUGUAAUUUUAUUUG